UUCAUUUGUGACAAAAAGUGAAUUCCACUGGGUCAUUUCAAUCCCAAAUCCGUUGUCUUUUACCCAGACAAUUGCUCCGAGCUUCAGACUGCUAAAUCCAGACAUUCACUGACCAUUUCCAUGUGGAUGCCCUUCAAGCAUCCCAAACUUGGUACCUCCUAAACUGCACUACCUUUUCCCACCAACCUACACUCCAAAUCCAAUGAUUGAAAUCAUUAUCCCAUCAGUUGUCCAAGUACAACCUGGCUUGGUUCCUCCUCUCUCACCGUCUACAAGUGCUGCCAAAUUCUAAUUUAUAAAGAACUCCCAAAUCCAUCCUCCAUCUCUGUUGCUCCUUUCUUCCUAGAGAUUAUGGUAAUAACUUCCUACUGGCUCUUUUUAGCUCUAAGCUCUGCUUCAGUCCAUUUUUCCAUUCUGUUACCACGUGAUCUCUCUACAGUUCAAAUCUAAUCAUGUCCCUCACUUGCUAAACCCCUUCAAGGUUUUCAUCACCUUCAACAUAAUAUCCGAAGUCCGUUUGCAUGGAUUCAAGGUCCUUCUUGAUCUUUUUUGAACUCCCCCUACGUUCCCCCAACCUUUCUCUCCAAAACGCUGUUUCUCAAAGUGUAGUGUGAUGCCUACCUUCAUUGGAAGCAUGGGAAUACUUGCUAAUCAUGCAAAUGAGAGCCCAGCCAGAUCAAAUCAGAAUCGUGGGAUUAAUGCUCAAGAUUCUGCAUUUUACACAACUUUUACCCUAGCUUUUGUGAGGCCUUGCUCUAGAUACUCUCCCGUAUUUACCCUGUUCUUUAUACCUGAUUAUCUACCUGUGUUUUCCUGAACACUCUGGUAUUUUUAUGCCUCUAUACACAUCAGUCUCUUAACUCCUUCUUUAACUCCUCCUGAUUCUUCAAGACUGUAACUGUCAUGCCUUCUGGGACGACUUCCUUGACCCUGCACCAUCUGUGUCACCUCCAGUCUACGUGAGGUCAUUCUUGUGGGCUCUCAGAGCUAGUGGCUUACCCCUCAACGUUCCUCCCACUGGAUUGCAGCCGUAAAUCGUAUAAUUGUGUUGUCCUUGUGGGUUUAACAGCUGUGACCACUUGAAAAUAGAGACUUGUGCUUCCCUGCCUAGCCCCCAACACAGAGCCUAGCAGCCUCGCAAAUCCCUAGGAGAAGAUGACGGUGUUCUUUAAAACACUUCGGAAUCAUUGGAAGAAAACUACAGCUGGAAUCUGCCUGAUGUCAUGGGGAGGCCAUUGGCUCUAUGAAAAACACUGUGAUAACCUGCUAAGGAGAGCGGCCUGUCAAGAAGCUCAGGUGUUUGGCAACCAACUCAUCCCUCCCAAUGCACAAGUGAAGAAGGCCACCGUCUUCCUCAACCCCGCAGCUUGCAAAGGCAAAGCAAGGACUCUAUUUGAAAAAAAUGCUGCUCCGAUUUUACACUUAUCUGGCAUGGAUGUGACUAUCGUUAAGACAGAUUAUGAGGGCCAAGCCAAGAAGCUCUUGGAACUGAUGGAGAACACAGACGUCAUCAUUGUUGCUGGAGGAGAUGGGACUUUGCAGGAGGUUAUUACUGGACUUCUUCGAAGAGCCGAUGAGGCGACCUUCAGUAAGAUUCCCAUUGGAUUUAUCCCACUGGGACAGACCAGUAGUUUGAGUCAUACCCUGUUUACCGGAAGUGGAAACAAAGUCCAACACAUUACAGAUGCUACACUUGCCAUUGUGAAAGGAGAGACAGUUCCACUUGAUGUCUUGCAGAUCAAGGGUGAAAAGGAACAACCUGUGUUUGCAAUGACUGGCCUUCGAUGGGGAUCCUUCCGAGAUGCUGGCGUCAGAGUUAGCAAGUACUGGUAUCUUGGGCCUCUCAAAACCAAAGCAGCUCACUUUUUCAGCACUCUUAAGGAGUGGCCUCAGACUCACCAAGCCUCUAUCUCAUACACGGGACCCACGGAGAGGCCUCCCAGCGGAGUGGAAGCGGCCCCUCCACGGCCCUCUUUGUACAGGAGAAUAUUACGGAGGCUCGCGGCAUUCUGGGCGCGACCGCAGGACGCCCUUUCCCAAGAGGUGAGCCCGGAGGUCUGGAGAGACAUGCAGCUGUCCACCAUUGAGCUGUCCAUCACCACACGAAACGGUCAGCUUGACCUGACGAGCACAGAAGACUUUAUGAACAUCUGCAUUGAACCCGACACUGUCAGCAAAGGAGACUUCAUCAUUAUAGGAAGUAAGAAGGUUCGAGAGCCCGCGCUGCAUGCUGACGGCACCGAGUGUCUCCAAGCCAGCCAGUGCACGCUGCUGCUUCCUGAGGGCACAGAGGGCUCCUUUAGCAUUGACAGUGAGGAGUACGAAGCGAUGCCCGUGGAGGUGAAGCUGCUCCCCAGGAAACUGCAGUUCUUCUGCGAUCCUAGGAAGAGAGAGGAGAUGAUGCAGAGCGCAGCCCCGUGAGCGGACAGGAGGAGGAGAACAGCGCUCUGAGACUGCACCUUAGGCCCCCGGUGGGGCCAAAGGGACCAAAUGCCUCGCCUGUCCCCAGCGUCAUCAGCGGAUCCCAAGGGCCUCUUCAUGGCAAGUACCUCUGCCCUUGUCUCGCAGUGCUUCCCAAAGUGUACUCGGUGCCACCCGCUUCCCGUUAGCGCAUGUUUUGACGUCUGUGUGAGUCGAUCCCGCCUAAAUGCAGAUUUUCUUCAGGCUAGUUCAAGAAAGUUCUCACCCUCAGUAGUGGGAACAGGGCUAGGCCUUGUUCUCUGCCCAAAGUGCAAGCACAGGAGACGCCAAGGAUUCCGGGAAGCGCGAGGCUCCCCGAUGGUGCUCAUGCUUUGUGAGCUCUGAUUACUUAGCUUGUUUCCGUCUGCUCCUCAAUCCAGAAACAUAGGUGAGGUGUUUCCCUCCUCAGCCGUAGCUGAAACACUGUAGUUUACUAGUUUUUUGUUUUUUUUUUAAAGUAAUGCUUCUUAAAUGUUGGUUUGCAUGAGAAUCAUCUGGGGUGCACAUGAAAAUUUAGUUACUGGGGGCCCAGCCUAAUUAACUCAAUCGGGAUGGAGCCUAGGAAUCUGUAUUUCUUUAAAGAGCAGCCGCCCUCCUGAGGUGACUCUACAGCCUUCCUCGGACGCAGAGUUGUAAAGCAGCGGUCCACACACUAUCGGCUCACAUACUUCCUAAAAGUAGUCUGGAAAAUCAUGUUUCCACUCACACUUGUAAGGUGACAUCUAACAUUUGUCAUAGGAAGUUCGAGUUGCCAAAGUAUGUACUUUUCUGUUGUCCUGUAAAUAUUGAUAUUUUAAAAUAAAACUGUUACUUCACUCUUUUAAACAUAUUCAGUGUAAAUUAAAUACAUAGCAAUCUGACACUCAUCCAUUUACAAAAAUAAAUAAGUUCUUUAGUAGAUGAAA